UCGUGGAAAUGGGGGCGGUCGACGGAGAGAUAUUCAGCAAUUCCCUCUACUUCGAGAGGGCGUUGAACUGGACAGGCCUCCUGGUAGAACCCAACCCCGAAGAUUAUCAGACGCUCACGACCCGCGGGAGAAAGGCUUACUCCAUACACGCUGCCGUCUCGCCUAAAAACACGUCCGGGAUGAGUAUAUUCAACAGGAGGAGGCAGCUCUUCGGUCGCCUGGGCCCGGACGAAGGAACCGGAAUACCCGUUUGGCGCUUCCCUCUCUACACCAUGCUGGCCGCCCUCAACGUUACUGUCGUCGAUUUCCUCUCCCUAGAUGUGGAGGGAGACGAACUCGAGGUGCUGCGAACCAUCCCUUGGGAUAGAAUUACCAUUCGCCUCAUGUGCGUUGAGAUAAACCAUGUUAAGGAAGGAGCCCAAAGAGUCAUUGAAUAUAUGCUCAAACAAGACUAUAUCUUCCUAGGGAUUCGUAUUAUUGAUGCUUGGUUCGGUAAAAAGCAUCUCAUUGAAGAAACGUUACAUUCAAAGCUACACAUGUCUAAUAUGUUAUACAUGUCCUCCUAAAAAUAAUUUUGUGACAGUGGUAUGGCAUAUGAAUUACAGCUAUUAUCUCAUUAUUGCAUCUGCAAGUUAUUUUUCAUCAGUAACUACACUGCUGUGUUUCAUAUAUCUAACAAUACGUACACACUUGCAUUAGAAUCUAGUUAGAUCUGGAUCACCAUUGUAAAAUGGAAAAUUAACAAGAAAAUAUCAAAUUACAAAUUUUUCAGUAUCAUAAGAAAUGUAGGCAAUAGGUAUAAUACAGAGUAUUAUCAGACAGCAGCAGACAAUAAUGAACUACUAAGCAUAAACACAAUUGCUGUAUUGUAAAGUUGGCUGCAAAUAUUUACCACAAUCCGUGAUCUGGAAGGCACAUUCCAUGAAAAGUCCAUUACAUUCAUUGGUAAGAAUUGAAGGAAAUAUCUUUUUAAUAAUAAAAGAUAGUGCUAAUACUGUAGGUUUAAUAAAAUUUGAGUAUCUUAUGCUUAAUAUUGCUCUGGUAAGAUUUGUAUUUUUUCCUGAAAAUAUUAGGUCUAGGACAGUAGCCAGAAAGAUGAUACAUCUAGAUGAUUUAGAAAAUAAAUACAUAACUGCAAAAUUGAUUCUGCAAUCUGCUCCCAGUCCCAUGAUCCACACAAUUCCUAUUUUCACAAGUGCAUCAAUCUUAAUUACUUUAAUAGAGCCACUGAUUUAGAAAAAAAAUCAACAAAAAUUUAACAACAUAUAUAACAAUAAAGAAACUAAUGAAACCAUCUUUAUUCAUUCCAUUUUUUUAUUCACAACUAUACAUUUGAUGAGUUUGUACAUAUGAUGAAACAGUGAACUGCAAGUUGUUUUAUUUACCCUUAAAAAUAUUUAAACUAAUAAAUUUGCUUUCUUUUCUUCCCUUUUAAAAUUCUUAUUGAGACAGGAUGUACCAUAGAUAAGACUACCAGUAGAUUCCACGAGAAUUAAGAGGGGUAAUCUUUUCAGCUGGCUUCAUGCUGACUUCUUAAUUUUCUUUCCAAACCCGUGACGUUGAUGAUGCUGAUACGGAAUGGAGGUAACGGACCCAAGGUAAUACAGCUGGC